AGUUCCAUUACUCAAGUUGAUAUCCACUAUCUCAUCUGGAAAUUUCAAGGUGUCCUGGUCUUAUCAAAUGAGCUGUGCUUCAUCAAAAGUUUGAGGCAUUGUCACUCUACUUCUUCCUACUGAUUUUGCAAGCGGCCUGUCGAAAGUGGCCAUGCUUGUACCUCGACAUACAUUAAGCAACGGUUCUGUCUUGUUGUGUUCUACCGAGCAUUCGGAUCACAUUUCAACUUCGUCUUCUUCUUCAUCAUCCUCAACCAUGGGUAUGGCUGUUGUUACCACUUCGACUUCCUCUUCCACCUCCUCCACAUCUACCGACUCUUCUACUCCAACUGAUUCUUCUACUACCUCGAUCCUAACAACAUCAUCUUCCACCUCGUCUUCGUCUACCGACGCACCGACAACAGCAAGCUCUUCGUCCUCUAGCACCGACACAGCUUCAUCUAGUACAGACAGUCUUAUUUCCUCAAGCUCAAGCACUUCGAGCUCCAGCGGAAGCACCACCGUGACGCCCACCACAUCCAGCUCCAGCUCGUCUACCAGCAGUCUAGACACCUCUUCAACUAGCUCUUUGGGAAGCUCCUUGACCAGCAGCUUGGCAACUUCAUCUUCGAGUACCAUAUCUCUGAGUAGCCUGUCCACGAGCUUGCUCGGCAUCAGCAGCACUCUGAACAGUACUUUAAGCAGCACUUUCGGCGGCAUCAGCAGCAGCAGCACCUCCUUGCUCUCUCUGUCCUCGACUAGUGUGCCCACGAUCUCGACUUCUAUUCUGCCAAGCAGCUCCUCAUCCACCCUAGUCUCAACUUCCAGCUCCUUGACCAGCCCUCUCAUCACUCUCGCUCAGUCGUCGUCAUCCUCUAUCGUCGUUGUCUCGCCUACGUUGACUACGGAUACAAGGGGAAUCUAUGAUCCGUCCAUCGGUCUAGCCUUCCCUGGUCCGUCCACCACUCCGUCUACCACUCCAUCCACCACUCCGUCCCCUACUUCAUCUGCCACCCCUUCGACAUCGGCGAGUUCCACGGGGAUUGCUUCCAUACCUGUCGGAGUUCUCUUCAAUUUGCAAGUUCUCGCAGCUGCCGUCCCAACCAACCCUGUCUAGACAUGGGUUCAGGUCUUGCAGGCCCUAAAUUGCACUCUGUCAGGCCUCUAUCAUCCCUCAUUGCCCCUCCUGUUACGUUUAUCGUAUAGCCGGGUUUAAUAGACGCUGCACAUGUUUAAUUCAAAGUAAUUGAGAAUUCUACACCAUGAUUCAAGGCUAUCGGGGGUGUCUUGUUAGAUUCCACAUUCUGCCACCGUUUUUCCAUCGAAAAGUAAAGAAAAAACAAGUGUUUCAGGGGCGCUAUUUCCAUGAACAAUACCAAACGAAACUUUUCAUGCGUUGAUCAAUUUACCCAUCCAUCUUAUUUGUUUCUCACACUACUGUACUCCCCGAGCUGCGUG